UGGUGAGAGUUGGCCCGACCUUUCAUCUAGUUUGUGUCGUUUUGCGCACGGAGGAGGGUGUGGGUUUCAACUUUCAAUUCAGAACGAACGAUUCCUUCAUUUCCCGAGUGAUUCACCGAUCUGAUAAUCGAUUGAAUUUAGGGUUUGGGAGAUGGCGUCGAGUGUGUUGAAGAGCCUCCUCCUGAGAUUUUCCUCAUCGAGGAACACGACGACCACCAGAAGUUUCAGCCUCGUUACCCCUCAAAUCAGCAACCACACCGCCAAGUGGAUGCAGGAUACAAGCAAGAAAUCUCCGAUGGAGCUGAUUAAUGAAGUUCCUCCAAUUAAGGUUGAAAGCAGGAUAGUUGCUUGUGAAGGAGAUACCGAUCCUGCCCUUGGACACCCGAUUGAAUUUAUAUGCCUUGACUUGCCCGAGCCAGCUGUUUGCAAAUAUUGUGGCCUUCGUUAUGUUCAGGAUCAUCACCAUUAGGACUGCUUUCUACAAGUAUUCUGGUGUGUGUGCAUAGUAAGUAAUUGUGAGACUGGAGGUGCUGCUUCAUUGAGCGAUCUAUUUUAUAUAAUUCCUAAUUUGCAAGCUCCUGAAUCCUCUGAUAACACUACUUUUCAGUUUUCACGAUCCUGGAUAGUGAAUGUUAGAAGCAACCUUAAAUGGGGGUAGACGGCUGCCUAGCUCAUUUAAAUUUGCCUUUUUUCUAUCUUCGAGGUCCUAAUAAAGUAAAGUUUUAAUUUAUA